AUGACCACUGAGGGUGACAAGCUCAUAGUCAAUGCCAAUCUCCCUCGAACGAGAGAUUUGAGCUUUGUGGGGCGUUUUCAUCACAAUUUUGGAUUCGAAGAAGGUCUUUUCGAGUACCUCCUAGCCCAGAAGGAACUCUGGGGUGAUAAGCUCUUCUACCUCAAUGAGCUACCGUUCCAGCAAGCAGUCAGCUUUGGACAGCAUCAAAUCAGACAGAUCCCUGAGGUGGCUUACAAUGAGCUUCAAUUUCCCAAAAACGAAGCGUCGGAGAUUCUGAAAGGCGCCUUUGAGGCUCAAUUUGGAACUCUGAAUGGAAUCGACCUCAAUUUCGUUAGUUCAAAGGGUGAGAGCAAGCAAACUCUUAACCAUGGUGAUAGCUUGGCUCUACAAGAGAUGUUUAAUAGAAACGCUAGAAUAUUGAAUGUGGGUGGCAUAAUAACGGCUAUGAAAUGGCUACCGUACGGUUCCCUCUUGGCAGUAGCCGUCACCUAUCAUAAGGAGGGAUUAUCCAAGGCGAUCACAAGUCCGUCCUUGCUGAUCUUCAACAACCCUAUCAAUGUUGAGGAUGUGAAGUCUUGCAUUCAAUUCUAUAAGUAUGACCCGGAGACAACGCUGUUGUCUCUCCGAAAAGUUCUCAUUACAUCUUCAUUUGGAGCCACCUCGAACCUUAAUUGGCUACCUUUUAAAGUUAAGGAAGAGACAUCCGGUGUUCUCUCUGGUCUCUUCUCCGAUGGAAAGGUACACUUCUUUAGGGUCGACAUCCCUGCGCUGGGUACUCAAUACCUUGAUGUGUCUGGUGCCUCGUGGACAAUUUCUAUGAGCGACGAGGCUGGUUCAGCGCAGCUUCCAAUAACAGCCUACGACAUUUUUGAUGAGACAAAGAUUAUCGUGGGAACGCUCGAUGGUGCAAUUGCCGAGUUUGUCUUGCCUGGCAUCGAUGAGCACCCUGAGGAGCCCUCAUUUGUGGAAUAUGUUACCGACUCAGCAAUAAGCACCGUCACUGUUGCUCCUGUCCUAAACGGACACGUUCUCCUCGUCAAUACAACUACCACGAGGUCAUUCGCCAUUCUAUAUGAAAACCUACGUCAAAGUAGGUUGGAGACAGCAUACACAAUCCUGUUUCUACCGCCUCGAUACCACAGAGGGUACCGCAUCUUUGUAUACCCUGAUAGCGCUGAAAGUAUAGGCUAUACCUUCGUCAGACAUCCCCAUCAGAAACACAGUUUACUCCUACGGACAGAGCUUAUUUCUAGCUUUCACAUCAGUGAAUAUCUCAAUCACCCUUUUGCCUUGGUGGGUAAUGCCGCUGGAGACUUUUACGUGAUCAACAUUGGAAGGAAGAUCUUUGGUGUUCCCAAGGCCCACAACAAGCUUGUGGUGCCUCUCAAGAUCUGGUCGCUCUUCCUUGAGGAUGACAGGAAGACGUUGAGACUCCAGAUAAAGCUGAGGUAG